CCCGCCGCGGGGCAUUGUGGGUGCUUGGCGGAAUUAUGGCGGCGGUGUAGGGCCCGGCCGCGCAGGGCGGAGGAGGCCGCGCUGAGUGAAGAUGACAACAGCAGCAAGGCCAACGUUUGAACCUGCAAGAGGAGGAAGAGGAAAAGGUGAAGGAGACUUAAGCCAGCUAUCCAAACAAUAUUCUAGCAGAGAUCUUCCUUCUCAUACUAAAAUCAAAUACAGACAGACCACUCAGGAUGCUCCUGAAGAGGUGCGUAACCGUGAUUUCAGAAGGGAGCUGGAGGAGAGAGAGCGAGUUGCCGCCAGAGAAAAGAACAGAGACAGACCAACCAGAGAACAUACAACAUCAUCUUCUGUGUCUAAGAAGCCUCGGCUAGACCAGAUUCCUGCGGCAAAUCUUGAUGCAGAUGAUCCCCUUACUGAUGAAGAUGAUGAAGAUGAGGACUUGGAAGACAGUGAUGAUGAUGACACUGCAGCUCUUCUGGCUGAACUGGAAAAAAUCAAGAAAGAACGAGCUGAAGAACAAGCUCGAAAGGAACAAGAGCAAAAGGCUGAAGAAGAAAGAAUUCGCAUGGAGAACAUCCUGAGUGGUAACCCACUGCUGAACCUCACUGGACCAGCACAGCCUCAGGCAAACUUCAAAGUUAAAAGGAGGUGGGAUGAUGAUGUUGUCUUCAAGAACUGUGCCAAGGGGAUAGACGAAACAAAAAAGGACAAAAGAUUCGUCAAUGAUACUCUGCGAUCAGAGUUUCACAAAAAGUUCAUGGAAAAAUAUAUUAAGUAGUGCAGUUUUAUGUGCAGUAGUGUGGAAGGACUUGGUAGGUCGUGGCUGUUCCCUCCCUUUCCCUCAGAAUCUAAGGCUGAAUGUUUGGUCGUGGAUUCUCAAAUGCUUUUCCAAGAUCAGCAACAACUUCUUAAUUAAUAAGUGCUGUGUCUCUGGAGUUUUUAUUCCUGCAUAUUGUUUUCCUUUACAGUUUUAAUUAAACCAGUUUGUGUCUCAUGAA